GCAAAAGCUAUUUAGGUAAACGCUUAAAAUUGUAUUUGCUCAGUAAUAUACGUUGUAGUGUCUUGUUCGCAUUUUUUUAAGUAGAAUUUUUAUGUGACGAGAACCUAAAUCUCUUGAGGAAGAUUUUCUGUCACAAUCUGAAGAUGAGUUCCCAGCAAUUUCCAAGGUCUGGAGUUCUAGCCUCUGGUUUGGGGUCAGCACAGACAAUGGGGGCCAACACUGGUCUGACCCCCGGAAACCCUCAGAGCACAGGGAUGGGGGACGAAGGUAGCCGGGAUUCAGACCAUGGUCCUCGUGAUCACUCUUCCACUGGCGGGGCCUCCCUACCCUUCCGGGAUGAGAAGCAGGAGACAGUGGUGGUGAGACCCUACCCACAGGUCCACACUCAUGGACAGCCUCUAACGCUGGCCCAGCACCACACAUUACAAACAGGCACGGCCAUCACAGUCACUGCCCCUCCUGCUCACCUUGCUCAGGCCAUGCCCCUGCCCUUCCCUGAGGGGCUCAUGAAGCUUUGGCAUACUGGACAAGAGCUGUCUGGGACAAGGACACUGUCAUACGAUUCCUUGAGUGUCCCAGUGAAUGAGGAUGGGCGGUUACCGUACCAGCCUACCCAGAAGCCUACAGUGCCUAGCCGCCCCAUUGCCCCAGCACCAGCGUCCAUUCAGGGUCACCUUCCCAUGCCACCCAAAGUCUCCGGUCAUGUCACUGUUACCAUGGAGAGCAGCAUGCCUCAGGCCUCCACCAUUCCUGUGGCAACCAUCAGCGGGCAGCAGGGACACACCAGUAACCUGCAUCAACUUAUGGCAGCCAACGUGCAGAUGUCCAUCAUCCGGAGCAGCACCCCUGGACCUCCUCUGCACAUAGGACCUUCAGCAACACCCCAGCACACUUUCACCUCCCACUUACCCAGAGGAGCGGCAGCUGCAGCAGUGAUGUCCAGCUCCAAAGUGACCACAGUGCUGCGACCAGCCUCUGGACCCAGUACUGGAACAGGACAGACCACAGUGCAGCACAUCAUACACCAGCCAAUGCAGUCUCGCCCUGCUGUAACCACGUCCACAGCAGUGCCACCCACUGUUGUGGCGACAGUGUCUGCGACAAGGGCUCAGUCUCCAGUGAUCACUACCGCCACGGCGCACAUAACCGACACUGGGCAUGGGCGACCAUCGCUAACCAUCCAUCCUCCCUCAGCCACCAUCAGUACCCAACGGCAACAGUCAACCCGAGAUGCAGCCACACGCAUCGCUCUGCCUUCACACCCUGCCCUCGCCGCCCAGAAACCACAGCUACACACGAUGGCACAGAAGCCCUCAAUUUUCAGCACAGUGACUCCAGUUGCUGCAGCUACAGUGGCACCAAUUCUUGCAACCAACACUCUUCCAUCACCUACAACCGCAGGCUCCAUGUCCCACACACAGUCUGCAACCAGUACCAUUGUUACCAUGACAAUGCCCCCUCACUCCUCAAAUGCAACAGCAGCCACAACCUCCACAAUCCCAGUGGCUAAGGUGGUCCCUCAGCCCAUUGCUCAUACUUCUCCCCGGAUCCAGCCUGAUUACCAAGGUGAAAGAGGCAACCUCAUUUCCAUUUCAGGUCAUAGGUCAUCGCCAAACCCAAUCGCAAUGGAGGGCAGGAAUGACAACAGGCAGCCUGUGCCAGUGUCUGUGCCAGUGCAGUUCCAGUACUUCCAGUACAGUCCACUGGCUCACACCUACACACCCAUCACCAGCUCUGUCUCCACCAUCCGCCAGUUUCCAGUUUCCGCUCAAGCUCCCAGUUCAGCCAUCCCUGCUCAGGCUGGUGUAGGGGUCCACCUGAACCCCGUUCAGCUAAUGACAGUUGAAGCUUCCCACCGCUUGGGGCUCCAGGCUGCACCAAUCGGCACACAAGGAAUCCAGACUGCAACGUUGGGUACACAGGGAAUUCAGCCAGCUCCAAUAGGAACACAGGGGCUCCAUCCUGCAGCACCAAUCGGCACCCAGGGAAUCCAGACCACACCAAUCGGCGCACAGCAGACUGAGGCCAAGUCAGUGGUUUUGGCAGAUGGUUCCACUCUUGUUGCCAACCCCAUAAGCAACACGUUCAGUGCCACUCCAGCAGGCGCCACCACAGUGGUGCAGACUAAUGUGCCAACACUGGUCUCCUCCCCGCGCCCCAGCAUUCUCCGCAAGAAACCACACAAUGAGGGGUCUGCGGUGCGUAAAAGCCUGAUCCCGGUGCAGGCAGCUGAAACAACCAGCCCACGGAUAGACAGCACUAUGAGGAGCGCGUCUGGGUCACCGCGACUGGCAGGAGCAAAACCAAAACCAGAGAUACAAGUAGAGGCUUUGUCCAAUCAGAGCAGCGAGCAGCAGGCAUUCCCAGCCCCAUCCCAGCACCCCUCACAAACUAUUUCAGCCAUCUUGACGGCGGCUGCUCCUCCUCCUCCUUCCCAGCCAACAGCAGCUCAGUCAGCACUUCCAGCAGCCAUGGCUGUGAUGCCGCCCAUCCCUGCCUCAAUGGCCAAUGUAGUGGCCCCUCCCACCCAACCAGCAGCGAGUAGCACAGCAGUCUCAGCCGUCAGCUCUGCCUUCCCGGAGAUCAAAAUCAAACAGGAGGUGGAGCCUAUGGAGACAGUGCCCACGCUGCCUCCCACAGUGCCCCCUGCCCUCGCCCCAUUUGGCAGCUCUCUGGGGCUCCCUUCAGGGGACAUACCCCCUGGCGCCUCCCCCAGGAAAAAACCUCGCAAGCAGCAGCAUGUCAUCACAGAGGAGAGCGAGAUGGUGGAGACCAACAGCACAGAUGAGGAGAAAUCCAGUGCCAGGCCCCUUGCCGGCAAGGCUGAGAAACGCAAGUUACCGCCAAAGGAGUACAUAGAUGAGGAGGGCGUACGUUAUGUGCCAGUUCGCCCCCGGCCACCGGUUACCUUGCUUCGGCACUACCGCAAUCCGUGGAAGGCUGCCUAUCACCACUUCCAGAGAUACAGUGACAUUAGGGUGAAAGAAGAGAAGAAGAGCACCAUGCAGGAGAUUGCCAAUCAGAAGGGUGUGGUGUGCAGAGUGCAGGGCUGGAAGAUCCACCUGUGUGCAGCACAGCUUCUACAGCUGACGAACCUGGAGCAUGACGUGUACAGCCGGCUGAGCACGCUGCAGGAAGGGCUCAUUCCCAAGAAAAAGGCAGGAGCUGACGAUGACCUGCACCGGAUCAAUGAGUUAAUUCAGGGUAAUAUGCAGCGCUGCAAGCUGGUGAUGGAUCAGAUCACAGAGGCCCGGGAAGCCAUGAUGAAGAUGCUGGACCACAAGGACAGAGUCAUGAAGCUGCUGAACAAGAAUGGCGGGUCCAAGAAGGUGUCUAAACUGAAACGCAAGGAGAAAGCUUAGCCUCUCAAAGGAACACUUGCACAGUUCGAGUCUUGUGUUCCUUCACAUUGACUGACAGGGGCCACAAGGGUUUUGGUUAAAUGUAUACAAAUGUUAAAUUAUAUUGGGUUUUGAACAACAUUAACUUUCUUAAAAGUAUUAUGAAUGGUUCUACAUUCUUGUUUAAACCAGAAACUUAUAAUGCUCGGUGCUUGUUGAUUUAGUAUUCAUAAACACAUUAUCCUCCAAUUCCAUGAGCUAGAGUCUGCUUUUUUUUAAUACUUUGUGCAGUAUUCCAUAACAUAUGGACAUAUUUGCAGUCAAACGUGUACAUGCAUUUUUCAUCAAGGUGAAAAUGAAACUAGCAAUCCCUGCAGUUUUAAAUAAAACUAUACUGCCAGCUUAGAUAUUUCAUUUAAUGACGUGUCUGUUUGGUAAAUGUGCUGAAUGUACUCCCCCAUGUUUCCCUGAGGAUCAAGUUUGCUGACUGCUACACUCAUUCCUCAGCACCUGCACAAAGCUCUGCCUUACAGCAGUGUACCAGCAAACUCGCACAACCCAAUCCUGCAUAUAGGAUAAUCGUCUCUUUUAUUGAAACUGCUAUUGUAUAAUUAGAAAUAUGAGAAGUCUUAAAUAGCUAUGUCGAAAAACUCAAAUCAGAAAAAGUACUAAAUAACAUUCAACGAAAUGCAUUUGUAGUCCUCAUUUAUCUCUGUGCAUAAAAAUAAAAAUGAGUUUCACAAAAUCAUCCCAUUUCCAGAUGGGGUCAGAUUACUUGCCCACAAUAUUGAUUUUAAAAGCUUCACACAGUCUAAUUAACUCGGAAGUUAAAUCGUCUCCUACAGCUUUCACCUUUUUGUUUCUUCUUAAUUCUGAUUACCAAAAACAAUGCUGCAAACUUAGUAAAGUAGUAAAUGCAUUGUAGAUGUAUGGACCCAGGUCUCUUGUCUCUGAUUUCUCUAACCACUAGACCAAACUGCUGUCAAAUAAUUGUCUAUCAGAAUAUUAACCUAAAUACAGAGAUAUUGUUAUCAAUAAACAAAUGAUAUCUCUCUACACAAAAUCUCCAAGUAGUCUGAUUGCGAUAUCUUCAAUCAACAAAAUGUUUCUUUAACGUCCCUUAAUAUAGAAUUUUGCCCUUGCCUAUUCAAUAACAUGUAUGAUUUACAUAUAAAGAUAGAUGUUAUGGGUUUGGCUGGUUUUGCUAGUUGAGCGAUUUGGUUGUAUUCUUAUAAUAAUAAUAAUAAUAAUAAUAGUAAUAAUAAUAAUAAUGUUUAACCAUGUGCUGCAGCAGCAGCAGCAGCAGCAGCUUUGUUUUAAUCACUGUUUCUCCUAGAAUAAGCUCUUUUAUAUUGGAAGUGUCACUUGAAAUAUCUGUACGUUAGGAAGAUAGAAAGAGUGACUUGCUGCUAAUUCACUUCAGCUGUCUAGCUCCAGUCCACUAACUAAAUCUACCUGAGCAAGGACUAUUGUUAGCACAUGGGGUUUUUGAUGAAGAGUGGCAGUGAGAUUUGUGGACUGAAUGCUACCCAAGAUGUACUUUCCAACUUAAUUGCUUGAGCCAUGUUAUUCGAUAGCAUUCUGAGCCUACUCAUCCAUAAUACAUAAGCAUUGUUUCAACCAAGCAGGAAAUAACGUGUGUGUAUUGAUCAAGGGUGUCUUGGUGCUACAAAAGCAAGAUUGCAAAAUCCUCCCUAAAGGAAUAGAUAUGAAAUGUUCUAUGGUUCUACAGAAAUGUGAUAAUGGAAGAUAAUGUUAAAGCUACCCACAUUUUUUGUGUUAAGUUUUGAUUUUUUUUUUUUAAAUACACAGAAAAUAUUGUGGUCCCCCACCCGAAGUGUACAUUAUUAUUGUAAAUGUAUAAUUAGUCAGUUUUCUGUAUAGCAUUUUAAUUUGUAGUUGUAACAUGUAGUCUGUUGGAUUUGAACUGACAUGUGGUGCUUUCUCUAGUGUAUGUAACACUGCUCUGUUUAGUAUCUUUAAAAGAUCUGAAGUAAAUUCCUUUUUGUACAUGCGUUUUUUUUAUUUUUAACUUUCUGGGUUUUAAAUAAGGACCCCAUCAUAAUAUGGUUUUGUGUGACAUUUGCUUUUUUUUUUUUUUUUUUUUUUACUCCACUCAAAUCACUUGGUGUCCCUGAAUAGAUUAUCAUCUUCAAACAUGUGCAAAUAAUUAAAAUAAAAUAAGAAUA